AUGUUAUACCGUCUUUUUAAUUUUAAAUCUCCUACGAAAAAAAAUUUCAUAAUUUUUGGAUUACCUUCUUCGGGCAAAACGUCUAUAAUAUAUUUUUUCAAGUUAGGCUAUCUCAUACCUACGGUUAAAACGCUUUUCAUAAAUGAAGAAAGCUUAAGCAUAAAAAUAAAAAAAGAUAAAAACAGCUUUGAAGAAAAAAAUUACGAAAUAACAUUUUUUGAAGUAGGAAAAAAUUGUUCAUACAAUUUAAUAAAAGAGUAUUCGAGCAUUUCAGAUGAUGUGAUAUAUAUUGUUGACAGUGUACACAAGAGUACUUUAAAUGAAGCAAGAGAUGAAUUUAUAAGAAUAGUAUAUGAUUUCCAAUUUAUAUAUAGAAAAUGUAAAUUCUUAAUUUUUCUGAACAAGCAAGAUUCUAAAGGAUGUCUACGGUCAGAAGAAAUAAUAAAUUAUUUCGCUUUACCAAAAGAGCUACUCUAUAGGUGUAAAUUUGUUCGAUGUAGUACCUUAUCGGGUGAAGGUUUAACAGAAGGUUUAGAGUGGUUGUUAAAUUCAAACGUAUUUGUUGAAUUAAAUGAUUUUACUGAUAGGAAUAGAAGGCCAUACCGUUAUUAG